UGGGGGCGGCGCGGCGCGGCGGGGGCGGCGGCGGAGCAGGGCCGUGAGCGCGGAGCGGGCGGCGGGGCCAUGGCGGGGCCGGCCUGACCCGACCCGACCCGCGCUCGCCGCCGCGAUGUUGCCGAGCCAGGCCGGGGCCGGGAACGGCGCCGCCGCCGCGCUGGCCCGCGGCUCAGGGCUGGGCCGGUCGCCGGUGCCGCGUGGGGCGAACGGCGGCGGGGCGGCGGCGGCGGCGGCGGGGCCGCCCGGGGGCCGCCUGGAGCGGGAGGUGCUGUACAGCGGCAGCGAGGGCGACUCGGAGUCGGCGGAGGAGGAGGAGCUGGGCGGCGAGCGGCGCGGCGUGAAGCGUGGCCUGGCCGAGGCGGCGGCGGCGGCGGCGGGGCCCGCGGCGGGAGCGGCGGCGGCCGCGUACAGCGGCGGCGUCGGUGGGGGCGGCGGGGCGGUGAGCGGCGCCAAGCCCGGGAAGAAGACGCGGGGCCGGGUGAAGAUCAAGAUGGAGUUCAUCGACAACAAGCUGCGGCGCUACACCACCUUCAGCAAGAGGAAGACCGGCAUCAUGAAGAAGGCCUACGAGCUCUCCACGCUGACUGGCACGCAAGUCCUACUGCUGGUGGCCAGUGAAACAGGCCAUGUGUACACGUUUGCCACACGGAAGCUGCAACCCAUGAUCACCAGUGAGACGGGGAAGGCGUUAAUCCAGACGUGCCUCAACUCCCCAGACUCGCCCCCACGCUCAGACCCGACAACCGACCAGCGCAUGAGUGCCACGGGCUUUGAGGAGACUGACCUCACCUACCAGGUGUCAGAGUCAGACAGCAGCGGGGAGACCAAGGACGCACUGAAACCAGCGUUCACUGUCACCAACCUGCCGGGGACAACAUCCACCAUCCAGACAGCCCCCACCACCUCGACCUCCAUGCAGGUCAGCAGUGGCCCGUCAUUCCCCAUCACUAAUUACCUGGCGCCAGUGUCUGCCAGCAUCAGCCCCAAUGCCGUCACCAGUGCCAACGGGACAGUGCUGAAGACUACUGGAGCCAGUGCAGUGACAUCUGGGGGCCUCAUGCCAAUACCCACCGGCUUCACUCUCAUGUCAGGUGCUUCCCUUUCUCCGGGGACCCCUACCAUUCCUCUCACUCAGUUACAGCCGCACUCCCUGACUCUUUCCAGCCAGCAGGGCCAGGUGGUCACGGGUAUGGCUGGACAGCUGCCGCAGGCACAACAGACAGUCUUCCGCUUCCCUGCCAGAGCUGGAGGGCAGAUCGUGUCGCUGACAGGAGGCACGAUGGCUCAGCAGGUCCCAGUCCAGGCGAUCCAGGUGCACCAGGCACCGCAGCAAACGUCUCCCUCUAGUGACAGCAGCACUGACCUUACCCAGACCUCUUCCAGCGGAACAGUGACCCUCCCAGCGACCAUCAUGACAUCGUCUGUGCCAACCACUGUGGGUGGCCACAUGAUGUACCCCAGCCCACAUGCGGUGAUGUAUGCGCCCACAUCUGGCCUUGCGGACGGUGGACUUGCAGUCCUCAACGCUUUCUCACAGGCGCCCUCAGCGAUGCAGGUGUCCCACGGCCAGGUCCAGGAUCAGGGUGGUGUCCCCCAGGUUUUCCUGACAGCCCCAUCAGGCACUGUUCAGAUCCCAGUCUCAGCUGUCCAGCUUCACCAGAUGGCUGUCAUCGGGCAGCAGAGCAGCAGUGGUAGCAGCCUGACGGAGCUGCAGGUGGUCAACUUGGACACCUCACACAACGCCAAGAGUGACUGAGAGGCCUCUGUUGCUGGCCUUGUGCUGUCCCUGGCUUGUCACACCAGUGCCGGGGCUGGUGGCAAUUCCUUCUCAUACAGACUGCACCAGUUAUUUAUUGUUGCCUUUUCACGUUUCCUUCAUCCACACAUGCACACACACACACAUGCACCCACACACACAUACACACAGGAUGCGCAUUGGGGCGCAGGACUCACCUGGGGUGGAGCUGUGCUGGGGCCAUGCAGGGCUUGGGAGCAUUUGGUUGCUGCGAUAGCUGUGCUUGUCUCACGCCAGCCAAAGAAAUUUGUCUCUUGAGGGGAGGAUUGCUCUGUGCUGUAAAUAAAUACUGUGGGCUGUUCCCAGCAGGAUGCCCUGGCUCCUGGGCACUCCGAAUCACCUUGCCCACAAGUGUUUGCUCUGCAUGGGGCUCUGCUCAGAUCCAGAGCCAUCCUAUGGUGGGCACAGCUCAGAGCAGAGUGGGACAGAGCUGUGCUGCUGGCCUCAGCAAUGUGCCUUUGGGGGGGGUGACGGGUCCUGGCCACAGCAACUGGCCCUGGGCUCUGGACAGGGCAGAGUGGCCAGCUUGCAUGUGCACCUCCAGUUGGGCCCGUGCGCCCUCCCUCUGGAGGGCAGGGCACAGCUUGUGGCAAGCUGCCCCGUCCCCCUUGUAUGCACUACAGUGAGCCCUCUGCCCUCAGUGCCUCCCUGCUGGGCCACCUAGCAGGUUUGCAGUCUGGCUGGCUCUGCCCUGGCGCCUGCCUUUGCACAGCUGAGGUGGUUGGUGGAUGCCCAGGAGCACAACGAUCCCCUGGAGAGCUCCUGGGAGGCUCUGUGGCUGGCCCAGCCCCACACUCUCUUCUAGCCCUUCCACUGCUUGUGGACUUCGCACACCCAGGGGAAUAUGACUGGGUCUUUCCCACAUCCCCCUCUGCAGCUCUAGCCAGUGCUUUCUAAAUUUCUGUGUCUGAUGCAAGGUGAAGAAACAACUAAAGUGUCAAAGGGAAGAGCCCAUGGGGCACUGGGCUGCUGGGCAGGUGGCAGGCUCUCCCUCUGAGCACCAGGGUGACCUGCUGGCCAUCCUGGGCUGUAGAGGAGCAGCAGUGAUGGCUGUGCAGGCUCAGCAAGGCUGGGAGAGAAGGGCUGGAGCAUGUUUGGUCCUGCAUGGGAGUUGGCUGUGAAUGGCUCUGCUACCUAGCCCUGUCCCUGGAGGGAGUGUGAGCAAGUGAGAGAAGCUGCUUAAUCUUUAGGGAAAGAAGCAGCUACUGUAACUUUUUUUUUUUAAGUUAAAGACAAAAGAAGCCUUGGAAAAAAAAAAAAAAGGAAAAAAAAAAAAAAGAAAUGACUUUAUUUUUCUAAGUGUUAAACUCAGUAUUUAUGUAAUUCUUUAAGGAAUAAAAGUUUGGCUCCUGUACAGUUUUCAUGGGGUUUGUACCAGGGGGAUGGGAGAGGGGUGGGUGGGCAUGGAGGCAGGAAAGGGGCCUUGCUUUUGAGUUUGUAUUGUAACCUUGGACAUGUUCCCUCAGCAUUAGCGUUUAAGCUGUGCUCUGUACCCACCAGCGUGUGCCAGGAAUCAAGCUGAGCCGAGUGGGAUGCUUGUUUCCCACUUGCCUGUACUGAGGACUCCGUACCCAUCACUUUGGGCUUAAUGGGCAGAAGGCAAGUGAAGCAGUGGCUGGUCUCUAGAAGUGGGGAAACUCAUCCCUCAGGAGCAAGGUGCUAUGUGUGCCUGGGAGCCAGAGAUGGGCUGAGUUUUCUGAUGGCUGCCCUGUUCACCUCUGGUCCUGGGACCUGCAACUGCUCUGUUGCUGCUCCGGUGUGGAGCAGUGCUACCUGUGACUCCCGAAGGGAUAUGGGCAUCCCUGCUCCUCCCUGGGCGGCAAGUGGCUGGCAGUGACUGAUCCCUGCUCACUGUGCAGGUUGCAUCCCCUGGACUCCUAGCUGGUGAUGUAGUUCCCCCUCUACAGUGGUUCCUUAGUGCAUGGACAUGGACAGGGUCCCCUCCAAGUAUGCUGUGCAGAGAGGUCCCAGAACAGCCUGGGAAGGGCUUAUGGGGACUGGGGUGGUACACCUGGUGAGAGUGAUGUUGUGUGCUGCCUCCCCUUGGUAUCCUUGCUCUGAGUGAUGCGUACCCUGCAGCUUGUAGCACUUGGGAAUGCUGUGCCAUGCCCAGCGGCGAGGUGUACAAAAAUGCUCAAUGAUGUUUCCAAAACAAGGCUGGGUAUCUAGGAGUUCAUCUGGGGUGAAGGAUGGGGUUUGCAUUGUCCUUUGCCCCAGCACAUCACUGUGGCCUGGCUUUGCUCUGCUUUGCUUAUGCUAGCACUGCAGAGCAGAGCUGUUGGGCCAGGAUGGCAGCAGUGCCCCUGCUGCUGCAGGGUGCCUGGCUGCAUCCCCUCCCUGGCUCUCCAAAGGCAACUGCUGGUUAAACGCUAAUGGUGUAUUUUAUUUAAGUGCAGACUUGUAAGAACACUUGUGUAUCAGGGAUGAAAUGGCAUUUAUUGUGCGGUGACAUUUUUAGUUCAUUUUACUGGUUUGAGGGUUGUGUGUGUGUGUGUGCGUGUGCGUGUGUACGCAUAAGUGUGUGUGGGAUUAUUUUUUUUUUUCCCCUCCAGUUUCCAGGGUUGUGUUUCUGGAAGGAUGUGGAAGUAAUCACAGUACUAUGUACAGAGCUUUCUUUUGUAUUAAAAAAAAUUUACUCUUUCAAUAAAUGUUACCAUUUUGUGCACAGA